GGUUGUCAUCCCCAACCUUGCUGUUGCUCUUGAAGCUCCAACGAAAGUCAACGAACUUCUCCAACAUCUUUUGAAUUCACACAAACCUUCCCCCAGCUCUACACAUACCAAUCGCCCAUCAUGUCACACGCUUUGUCGGACGACCAGGUAAGUAAACUUAUUUCCAACAAUUAUAUCAGUCUCAAGGUGUUAUACUAAUGUUAUAAUCCUAGGUGUCGCAGGUACAGCUUCCACCUUCCCACGGGUUUCAUGCCCAAAUUCCGCCAUUAACAUAAUGUGAAAACAGGAGCUGAAGAAGAUGACUGCAUUCAUCAAACAAGAAGCCAUGGAAAAAGGUCGUGAAAUCGAACUCAAAGCAAAUGAUACGUCUCCACCACCAAGAACCAACCAUUUCUCACUCCUCCUAACAUCCUCAAACAGGAAUUUGCUAUUGAGAAAUCUAAGUUAGUCCGUCAAGAAACUUCAGCUAUCGAUACCCAAUACGAGAAGAAAUUCAAGACCGCACGUAUGUCCCAGCAAAUCACUCAGUCGACCGUCACAAAUAAGACUCGUCUCAAGGUCCUUUCUGCGCGUCAAGAGCUCCUCGAUGGUAUUUUCGAAAAGGCGCAGGGUAGAUUGAAGGAGGCUACGCAAGAUAAGGGCAAAUAUACGGAGAUUUUGAAGAACUUAUUGUUGGAGGGAAUGUAUGCGUUGAAUGAGGGGAAGGUGCAGGUUAGAGGGAGAAAACAGGAUUAUGAUGUUAUUAAGAAGGCGAUCGAGGAUGCGCAGAAAGAGUACAAAGAGAAGACGAAGAAGGAUAUUGUGGCGAGUAUAGAUGAGAAGAAUCCUUUGCCGGAGGAAUCGUAGGUUUAGUCUUAUGGUAUGACCGGGUGCGUAAGCUAACUUCCGAACAGUGCUGGUGGUUUGUCCAUUAUUGGCGGUGGAGGCAAGAUCGAUAUCAACAAUACUUUUGAGGAGCGCCUGAAGUUACUCCAAGACAACGCAUUACCCUCUGUUCGAACAACAUUAUUUGGACCUAAUGUCAACCGAAAAUUCUACGAUUAGGUGCUUAAUGGAUGAAGAGCAUUGUGUUUUGCGAGUCUGAAGAGGGGUAUGAAAGGAGCUUUGCACAUUCAAAUUAUACAAUAUUGCAGGUUUUGUCGGUAGAGCGUGUAUGAUACAUUAACAUCAAUAUCAUUAUGAAGAUUGCAUACAAUAUGUUUGAUCUUGAGAAUAUACAAAUGACCAAGGGCUUCGUUUAGAAGUGACUUGGCUAUGUUCUGGGGCCGGUACCUGCUUAAUUUGCUUUCUUUACAAAGUUAGACAUGCUCUUUUGCAUCCCCCCUAGAGCCUCCUGCCGUCUCUCAUAGAAUUUUUUCGUCUCUUCAUAAAACAUAUUUUUCGGCUUCGGUCUAGUUCGAACCGUAUGUUCGAUUCUCCUCUCCACCAAACUUAGAUUUUCCUUUGCUUCCAUCCUCGAAGAAUGUUGUGCACCCGAGGCCUUGAUAUCAAAAGUAGUAAGUCUAUUAGUCAACUCAUCUACGU